AUAGGAAGAGAAAAAAACUUAACUUUCAAGAACCAAUUCUUGAUUUUCCGGCAACCAAUUCUUGAUUUUCCGGCGACCAAUUCUCAACUUUCCUGCAACCAAUCCUUGAUUUUCCGGCGACCAAUUCUUGACUUUCCGGCCACCAAUUCUUGAUUUUCCGGAGACCAAUUCUUGAUUUUCCGGCGACCAUUUCUUGGUUUUCCGGCAAGUCUUGAUUUUCCGGCGAGAUGGGCGGAGGUGUUCCAGCAGAACCAGAGAUCCAAAUCCAGGUCCAUUCAAAGAAAGGGGGUAACUCAAACUCAAUAUAUCCAGUAGAGCCAACAAAAACAGGAGGACCUGGACCUGGUGUUUAUAGAGAAAUUAAGCAUUUCAAGAAAUGGUUUCCAUGGUUGAUACCAACUUUUGUUAUUGUUAAUGUGGUGACUUUUUUGGUGACUAUGUUUGUGAAUAACUGCCCACAGAAUUCGGUUUCUUGUUUUGCUGGAUUCUUGGGUAGGUUUUCCUUUCAGCCUUUCAGUGAAAACCCUCUUCUUGGACCUUCUUCUAACACACUAGAGAAGAUGGGUGCUUUAGACGUGGAUAAGGUGGUCCACGAACAUCAAGGGUGGCGCCUUUUUACUUGCAUGUGGUUGCAUGGUGGAGUUUUCCAUUUACUGGCCAACAUGCUGAGUCUUUUAGUGAUUGGCAUUCGGCUGGAGCGAGAGUUUGGAUUUGUACGCAUUGGCCUGCUCUAUAUCAUCGCUGGACUUGGUGGCAGCUUGUUCUCAGCUCUAUUUAUUAAGUCAAAUAUAUCUGUUGGUGCUUCUGGUGCACUUUUUGGAUUGCUGGGAAGCAUGCUUUCUGAGCUCAUAAUCAAUUGGACUAUAUAUGCCAAUAAGCUUGCGGUUUUGCUGACCCUUAUGGUCAUCAUUGUUAUAAAUCUUGCAGUAGGAAUUCUCCCGCAUGUUGACAACUUCGCUCAUAUUGGAGGAUUUAUGUCUGGUUUUCUGCUUGGUUUCGUAUUUCUGAUCCGGCCCCAGUUUGGCUGGGUGAGCCAGAGAUAUGCAUCCAGCGCAUAUUCUUCAACAUCAGCUAAACCUAAAUUCAAGGUGUAUCAGAUGGUCCUAUGGGUUAUUUCUCUCAUUCUUCUGAUAAUUGGGUUUACUGCUGGCUUGGUCAUGCUUUUCCGUGGAAUAGAUUUAAACGAUCAUUGUCCUUGGUGCCAUUAUAUGAGCUGUCUACCCACUUCAAGGUGGAGUUGCAACACAGAACCUGUUUCCUGUAUGUCUGAGCAAACAAGUAACCAGCUUACCUUGACGUGCUCCAACAGUAACAAGACGAGAUCAUAUUCUUUAUCGAAUCUAAAUACGUCUCAGAUCCAGGGGCUGUGUAGUCAGCUAUGCCGUUGAUUAGCCAUCACUUACAAUUUGUUUGUAAAUUGAUGUCUGCUAUUCAUAACAUUCAUUUGAUUAACUGCUUUUUCUUGUAUUGGAGAACAUUCUUAUAUAGUAAAAAAUUACACAGAGUUCAUAUUGGAAGCUUUCUUAACCUGAGUUUACA